AUGGACAAGCUCCAUGGUGCGUCCAAUUUUGUGAACUUUGCGGCCUACUCUUGGAACAUCUUCCGCUAUAUAGGUGACUACCUUCAUUUGGGUGGGAUACUGACACUUCUGGUUACCAUUGUGAAGAAUAAGUCAGUGGCAGGGAUUUCAAGGACAACGCAAAUCUUGUACUGCAUUGUCUUCUGCACCCGGUAUCUGGACUUGUUCGAUCACACGCAAUCCUUCUAUCUCGUGUUCUUCAAGCUAACGUAUAUUGUCACGUCCAUCAUUGUCUUAGUUUGCUUCUACCAGUUCGAUAGCACCUAUGCACGCAGGCACGACACCUGCAAUAUGACGAUAAUCCUGGUUCCUUGUACGAUCGCCGCGCUGCUUCUCACCAGCGACUAUUCCCUCCUAGAGGUCUUGUGGACGUUUUCGGAGUUCAUUGAGGGCUUCGCUAUG